AUGAAUUAAAGUUUACUUCAUCUAAUCGAAAUAGCAAAAAUACAUAAAAAUUAGUUUGAUGAAUAAUAUUUUGAAGAUAUGAUGGCAUCUUGUAGAUUGAAUGCAUAAAAUGAUCGUUAUUUAAUUUUGUUUUUGAUUAAAAUUUGGUAAAAUAAUUAAGAAUUUUUGGGACAUAGAUUUAAACAAUGGGUAUAACAACUUAAAGAUUGCAAUUCAAAAUAGGCUCUUGAUUUAUUAAGAAAUGGAUAAGUUCAUGAAUGUAUCUCUAAGUUUGAAUAAAAUUUAUCCCGCAAUGCUUUUGAAGCAAUUAAAAAACACAAUUUUUUUCCAAAAAGUGAUUCAAUGUAAUAAGAAGAAAGUUUUAGACGAGUAAAAGAAAAUUUAAAGCAAUACGAUGAUGCUACUUUAAAUAAAAUCAAUAAAAUUUUAUCAGGUGAUGUAGAAUCGAUUCUAGAACUAUCUAAAUCUGAUUGGAUCUCUUUUGUUAUGCUAUAUGUUUAGUUUUGUGAUUAUAGAAUUAAACCUUUAGACAUGACAAAGAUUCUAAAAUAAUUAAAAUUCUCUAUUGAAGAAGAGAAUAAUAAUCUGAUGUAAUUAUUCGGAGAAAUCGUAUUAACAUCAUAAAAUGUAUACAUUAUUAAUUGUUUACUCAAAUAUGAUUUGCAUUUGACCUACUUUUUAUAUUUGUAUUUUGAAAGUAAAGAAAAGGAUAAACUUAGAUCAGAAUAUGAAAUAUAAAAAAGUAAAUUUUAGUUAAUCAAGACCAUUCUUAAAGACAUUCCAAAUGAGAUGACAUUUGAAAAUGAAAUCUUAUAUUUUUUUGAGGAAAUCACAAAUGUAAUUACAGAUGCUGAGUUUGAGUAGGAAUUUUUAGAUAUUUAUAAUUCUAAAUUGAAAGGAAUUAUACUUUCUACAAACAAUUUUAGGAAAAUUAUGAACUUUGUUCAGAAUAUUGAAAAAUUCUCAUAUGGUAACUCUGCUAGUCUAGUACUCGAGGUCGUAUUAUAAAAAAUUUUUAAUGCACAGUAAUAACCAUUGGAAGAAAAAAAAAAUGCCUUAAAUAUAAUAUUUGAAAGGUUUAAUUACACAGAAUCUUUUAUAUAAAUAAUUAAAUAAGUAAUAAAUAAUCAUAUCAAUAAUCCAUACUUUGAUGAUAUAUUUAAAGACUUCUUAAAUAAUUUUUACUUUUAAAACUACAACCAAUAUUUUCAAUAAGAAUUAAUUCAGCUAUAAUUUAAAUUUGGAUUAAAAUUGUAUGAUCUACCAUAAACUUAGAAUUUCGAAUAUCCUGAACUUCUUAUAAUGAAUAUAUCCUAAGAGUUUAUAAGAAAUGUUGUGAAAUCUGAUGACGCUUUUAAAUUGAGGAUGAAGAUUAUUUUAAGCUCUUUAUUAGAAUAAUGUUAAAAUACAUAGGACGAAAAGUUAAAUAACAGAAAAAAUAUUAUUAGGCUCUUAAUAAGGAGAUUGUGA